AUGAAGAUUCAUCUAUCAUUGAAAGCCUUUACUAUUCUUUCCAUAGUCAGCCUUGGUGGCAUCCAUGCAAUGGUAGAACCACUCCCACUCGACCAACAGUGGACAGAUUUUACCCAGCACAGCACAAGUGAGGCAACACUGUCAAACCUGAUGGAUGUUUGGUGGAAUGAACCAUUGACAAUGCCCGAGUUUAAAUCGGUUGCUGAAGAUAGAGACCAAGAAGCGUAUUUUGACGUACAGAUUUUGCACAGCACUGGACCUGACUGCAACCGUGCUCGAAGUCUUGGUAUAGUCUCUAGCAAUAACAGAGAUUGGACUGUCCCACGCAGAAUUGGGAAGUCAGCAGUUGUGAUUGAAGAAAAACAUCUGUUUGCUGGUUCUGUUGUUUUCAGACAUAACCUUCCACCAUUCAUCAAGAUCCGGUUAUGUCAAGUACCAAAACCCAAGAAGUGGUGA